AUGGUACUGCUGCCCUUGCGUGCAACCGUGACUAACGGUCUCGCCGCUGCGCCCGGCGACUCGACGGCCUGCCCCAUUAUCCCCGCGCUCGCGCGCGGGUCGGCCGCUGUCUCCAACCUCGACACUCCCAACGAGGUGCAACUCGCCGACGAGCGGUGGACGAACUGGUUCUUUCGGCCAUCACGCGCGACAGUUGAGACGUGGCUUGCAUCUUUUUGGAAGCGACACCUCGUCCUCACGCUUCUGCCCUGUCUCGCGGUGUGGUUGUGGGUUGCGAUGCCGUUCCCCGUCAGUGACCCGUACAAGGACUCGCCGCUGCCCGACUGGCCUGAGUGGCCUGAGUGGCCGCAUAGAAUCAAGAGCAAUGGGACAGAGGGUGGUGACGAGGAGGACCUGCCAAUCGAUGUCAACUUCUACUUCUUCCUCAUCUGGUACUUCGGGGCAUACCUUGCUGUCGCGCUCUUCUUCAUCACCAAUCUGUUCAGCUUGUACCGUUUGAACUGGUGGCCGUCGCGGCUGGGAGGGAAGGCGACGUACUUUCUGAUGUGGUCGACGACGCUCGCCAUCGGCCUCCUCGCGCAUCACCUUGACCUGUUCGGGCUGCACGCUCGGUGGCGAGACAAGCCCGACGAGGGGUUCGACUGGGAGCGCAAGACGUUCUGGGUCGUGCUCAGCUUUGCAGCGAUGCACCUUCCGGCCGUGGCGUGCUUCUCCAAGCUUAAGCGGGACAAGAGGCAUGUCUACCGCCACGCGCAACCCGUGGUGCAGUACACCUUCUUUGGGUCCUCGCUGCGCCGCGUGCCCAGCUCAUGGGUUCGAUUCCUGUGGUUCAUGGCAUGUUUAGCCAUCGCUGCCUUCUCUCUCAUCGUUGGGCAAGAGCUCAUCACCACAGCGUACGCAAGCCUGUUCCUCUCCACGCUCCCUCACACUUCAUUAGACGCCGGCACCUGGGUGUGGUCAUGGGUGAUCACCGUCCAGCUGCUCUCCUUAAUAUCCAACUACAUCAUCGCCUCAAAAGUGCGCUCACGGGCCCUCCUUUUUGUGUACAAGCUCUUUUUCCAACUGGUAUACCAUGUGUUCUAUCGUAAUCUUUUUGCUCGGCUGCGCUCGCCGUCACAAUUCGCGACAGUCCAGCUCCUCUCCUCAAUCGUCGUUGUCAUCAUCUUUCCAUUUCAGCUUACGCGGCUGUGGCACCGCAUCCUACAAUUUUUUGUAGGGUACAGCCAGCCCUGGAACGAGCACGCUGAGGCGGUGGCCAUCUCGUUUUAUACCCGCGGCCUGGCGCAGAACAUCACCAUGGUUGGCUUCCUUGGCUGGCUUAGCAUUCUUCAUCUAGGCCCAAACUCCCAGAUCUACCCGUUUUUCAAGUUUGCGCAGACUGAGGAUGACCCGUAUACGUUCGCGCUUACAUUUAUUGCGUCGUGUGGCGUUUGGUCUCUCGAGCUCAUAAGCUCGUUUGUCGCACGACAAAUUAUGUCACGCGGCUUCAAUAUCGAUGUCAGCGGUAUUGGUCUCGAUGAGAUGCGCGAGUACCCCGAGCUGGUGCCGGCAUGCGGUUGGGCAUCGGUCCACGUCUCCAUGAACAUUCUCAUGUUCCUCAUCAAGCUGAACUUCCGAUGA